AGAAAGAAAAAAGAAUAAGAAAACGCUCUCCAACCCAUAUGUCCAACAAACUAACUAACGCUGCUUUCUGGGCUUCUGGCUGACAGCCAAACUCCUUCACACCUAGCUAUAUACCACUUCCGAUCCAUUCUUGAUCGAUCAUCUCCAACUGGUUUGCACUUAGCCCUAAUCUCCUCCGCCUUCUUAAAUGGCCGCCGUUUCACCAUCCCACUGCACUCAUCAUCAUCAUCAUCAUCAUCUCUUCAUCAACAUAAACUUAUUGGAAUGUCGACGAGAGGUUGGAGAAGCAAUAACGAAACACGGGACUCCUCGGAGGCGGCGGCGUACAAGGGAGUGAGGCGCCGGAAGAGCAGCGGGAAAUGGGUGUCGGAGAUUCGCGAGCCCAGAUCGCCUAACAGGAUCUGGCUCGGGACUUUCCCCACCCCAGAAAUGGCGGCCGUGGCCUACGACGUGGCGGCGCUGGCCUUAAAAGGCCCACACGCUGAGCUCAACUUCCCGAAUUCCGCCGCCUCCUUGCCUAUCCCUGCUUCCAACUCCUCACGCGACAUUCAAGAAGCCGCCGCCCUUGCUGCCGCCGCCGCUGGGGCCGCCGCCGAUGCACUAAGGCCGGCCCAAGUGGAUAAUUAUAGCGGAGGAAUAGCCGCUGAUGAAACAUACGAACAUCAUCAUCAUCAUCAAACUCACAAUGAAUUUGUGGACGAGGACUUAAUUUUCGACAUGCCGAAUGUUAUAGCGAAUAUGGCGGAAGGGAUGCUUCUUAGCCCUCCACGAUUCCAGCAAUACUCUUACGAUCAUUAUGAUUAUGACUACGCUUCUACAGCUACUGAUCACAACCUCUGGAACUAUCCCUAAUAACACAUAAUAUUACUGUAAGUAGCCAUGCAUGCAUCAUAUAUAUAUAUAAUAAAAGCAUGCAUAUAUAUAUAUGCCCUAAAUGUAAUAUAUGUAAUCUCUCGAUCAUUGCCAUGGGAGCUUGCAUUUCAUUUCAUUUAAUUUCUUUAUUUGUAAGCUAGUUAACAGCUUUCCUAUUUCAAGCUAAAUUUAUUAAUG